UACUUUUAGUAAAGUUGAAUCGCAUUACUGCAAUAGCAGAAAUAACAGGUUCAUACCCUCCUUUCCCAUAAUGUAAAGGCAGGCCGCCUCGUAAGCGGUACUAUGUUGCUACAUCCUGUUAAAUGAGAUUUACAAACACAUCAAUUUAAAUAUUUUAUCAGAGUAGCAGCAUUCUAAACGCGACAUUCAAAUGGAUUUUUUUUUCCCGACGAUAAACAUGAAAUUAUGUGAUUUAAAUGUAUAGUCUAGACUGUAUUUAACAAGAUUGACUGAGCAUAAAUUGAGUUCUAAGAAAUCAGUACGACUGGUACAGUGAAUGUAGUUUCUAUUCGUUUAACAGAAAGAUUUGUGGAUCUUCUGAAAAUAAAAUUUGGAAAUGAUACAAAUGCAUAAAAUUCUGCGAAUCCUUGUUUGUCUAUCGUUAGUAAGCAUUUGCGCAGCGAGAAAAAGAAAAAUUGAAAUCGACAAUGAUAUCGGUGUCAACAGUGGACAUUGCAAAUUCGAACCGACAUGGGACAGUCUAGAUUCCCGACCAAUACCUGCAUGGUAUGACGAAGGAAAAGUGGGCGUAAAAAUCAGUUGGGGUGUAUCGUCUGUGCCAGGCUUUCGAAACGAAUGGUUUUGGCAUUCGUGGCAGGGUCCCGAUCCGGAUCCAAAGAGCGUUGAAUUCAUGAAAUCGAAUUAUCCGCCACGAUUUACGUAUCAGGACUUUGCUAGAGAUUUUACGGCCGAAUUUUUCGAUCCGUACAAAUGGGCUGACAUUGUCAAAUCAAGUGGUGCGAAAUAUGUGGUUUUUACGAGCAAGCAUCACGAUGGAUAUGCGUUGUAUCCAUCCACUUAUUCAUUCGGAUGGAAUUCGGUAGACACUGGACCGAGACGAGACCUCAUCGAAGAGUUUUCCAAAGCCAUUCGACAUAAGACCGACAUAAAAUUUGGCCUUUAUCACUCAUUGUAUGAAUGGUUCCAUCCGUUGUAUUUGAAAGACAAAGAACGAAACUUUAGUACACGACAAUUUGUCCAUCAAAAAGUGAUUCCCGAAUUUAAAGAACUGGUGAAACUUUAUAAGCCCGAAAUUAUUUGGUCAGAUGGAGAUUGGGAAGCUUCGGAUGAGUAUUGGGGCUCAUUAGAUGUGUUAGCUUGGUUAUACAAUUCAAGUCCUGUAAAGGAUACUGUCGUAGUAAAUGAUCGCUGGGGAAACGGCACAAGCUGUAAACAUGGUGGAGUCUGGAACUGCGCGGAUAGAUACAAUCCGAUGUACUACAUGCCCCAUAAAUGGGAAAAUGCUUUCACAAUAGACAAGUAUUCGUGGUCGUAUAGAAGAAAUUCACAUCUCGAAGACUACCUAUCUCCGCAAGAAAUAAUCGAUCAGCUAGUCAGUACAGUAUCGUGUGGCGGUAAUUUUCUAAUUAACGUUGGUCCAACCAGAGACGGAAUGCUGGCGCCAAUUUUGACCGAACGUCUGCUCCAACUGGGCCAAUGGCUGAGUAUAAAUGGAGAAGCAAUUUAUGGAACUACAAUAUGGCCUACAGCACAAAAUGAUUCGAUAACGGAGGGCGUGUGGUAUACAUAUAAGCCUGCCGAACGGAAGAUAUUCGUAAUUGUCUUACAGAAAGCGUUCAUUAAGACGGAUAGGCAGGAAAUGGUUUUCGGUUCAGUUGACAGUGAAUUAGUUCCGAUUGAUAACAUACAGCUGCUGGGACAGGAGGACAUAGUAAUUAUUUGGCGAUCAAUCAAAAAUGGUCUGUCAAUUAAAUUCGAAAAAAAUUGGGAAGGACAGUGGGCGACAACUCUGGUUAUAAAUUUAUCGAAUUAAAAUUGUGCUGACAGUUUCAUUAGAGCUUAUGUCGGUGUCUUACUUUAUUCCCU